AUGGCUGGCACUGCGGGCUAUCCCUUCGAAGAUAGUGGCGACGUGCCGGCGUGGACGGAGACAUUGUAUCAGGCGCGCCCCUGGAGCGAUGACCCACCGCUGAGCCGAUCGCCGUACGAUCAGGCCGCGCCGGAGAUGCUAUACAAGCUGGACUUGUUUCAUCUCUUCAAGGUCGGCAUUGGCCGUGAUGUGGCAGGCUCUACCUGCCUUCUUUGUCGGCUGGGCUACUUCGACUAUGAAGGCUCUCGGCGCAACCUUGCUCAUCGCCUGUGCAACGCGCACAAGAGCUUCAAGCUCUGGUGCCUGGCGAUGCACAAAUCUCCAGGCCUUCGCUACUUCAGUCCUGCAUUCUUCAACAUGAAGCGACUGAGUGACUAUGCUUGGAGCAACAGCAAGGGUUCCGACACCAUGCUGCUUCUGGGAUGGCUGCAUUGGUUCGUCUCUGCCAGGUUGCAACAGGAGCCGCCUUUGCCGCAGGAGCACAAACGCCUCUUUCGACUGCUUCGGAGUACAAUUCAUCAUGGACAGCAGAUCUUCGACAUCGCCUACAGUCACCCUCUUUGGCUGGCAAGAGAAUGUGGGCAGUCACUGUACUUGCACCUCACGAUUUUCUUGAAUGGUUAUCAGAUGCUGGCCCGGCAGGCGCUGGAUAUGCACAUGUCCUUCUUUGCAUUAAAGCCCAAUACCAUGGGCUCUGGGACCUUCGCAGUGCCCUUCAGACACCAUCGCCUCUGGUCCUUAACCCUGCCGUAUAUACAUGUGACCUCAACGAAGAUGCUGUGGGGAAGUUGUGCAGCCUUGCUCUGGUUGUGA